CGGCCGAGUGUUCCUGCGUGUAUUAACUCUCGAUGGUUCUGUUUGUUCCUCCAGCUGCAGGAGACGGUGAAGAGGAAGCUGGAGAGCGCCGGUUCUCCGCUGGGCAGAGAUCAGGUAAACGGUUUCAGCGACGGUUUCCCCCCAAACAAGAAGGCCUGUCUGGAUAACGGCACCACCAACGGCUCCCCGCUGGACUCCAAACUGGGCAUCAGCGACUCUCUGAACUCUAACGGGACCCACGCGCAGGCCGGGGAGUCGGCGGAUGGCGGCAGGGAGCCCGUUUCGGACUUCCAUCGGAAGGAGAUGAAGCAGGAGCCCGACGACAUCCUGCCCAUCAUGCCGCCGUCGGGAGCAGGCAACAACAGCCUGUUCCCCGACCUCAACCUGAACGAGCAGGAGUGGACGGAGCUGAUGGAGGAGCUGAACUGCUCAGUGGCCUACGAGGACAUCCAGGACAUUCUCAAUGACGGCUUUGAGGACCGCAAGGACCCGCUGGAGCUGGCGCCGACUCCAGGCGGUGCCGGGGCGGUGGGUGGAGGAGCAGGAGGAGCAGCAGGUGGUGGCGGAGGCGGUCAGUCCUCGCAGGGUCUGCUUCCUCCGGAUCUGGCCAGCGUGAAGACGGAGUUCUCCCCGGCCUCGGUGGCUUUCGAGCAGGACUCUCGCACCGGCUCCCCUCAUGUCCGGUCCACCUCCUCUGGACCGCCUCCUCACCCCACCAGCUCCCCCGUCGCCUCCUCUUCUGCAUCCUCCCCAGCUCUGCCACCAUCCCAGCCGGCUCCUCCACCCAGGCAGCUCCAGCCUCCCCCGAACCACCUCCUCCCUCCGGGCCCCCCGGUGCCCAAAGACCUGUCCCCCGCCCAGCAGCUCCAGCAGCUGGCCGCCCAGCAGCAGAGGGCCCAGCACCUCCACGGCCAGAUGCAGCACAAACAGCAACAACCAGGGGCCAAGUUCCACAACCAGGGGCCCCACGCCCACCCCCCGCCUUGGCCCCAGAUGGCCAACACUUCUCAGAGCCCACUCGGGGGCGCGUUUGGUAUGGACAAGCCCACGAGCCCCUCCCUGUACCCCCAGGACUUUAACCCCAACGCCCAGAAGCAGCUGCUGAUGCCCGGUCAGCCCAACAAAAGCUCUCCCAAGGCGGGGGCCGGCAGCUACAUGCCGGGGCCCACCGGACACCCCAACAUGAUGGGUCACCCGACGUCAGGGCUGCCGCUCAGCCACCCGCCGGCGCCAGGAGCUCAGGCUUCGACCGCCAUGCCGAACUAUAACAACACUAAACCUCUGUCGCACUUUGAGGCGGGGCCAGGGCCGCCGCGGCCCCCCAACACCCAGAUCCAGAACAAGGCGGCCCUGCUGACGCUGAUCCGACAGCAGCAGCAG